AUGCCUCCCACACCACCCCAUCGGCCGCUCAUCGCCCUCUUCAUUUUGGGGCUGGUGGGGCUGCUGUGUGCCACGACGGCAGCACAGUCUUCUGUAGGGUGCGUGCCGUUCCAGGGCUCGCCGGCGACUUCCGGCAAGUGUGACCCCGUCGUCACCUACUCCAACGUCUACGUCGCGUUGGGGCAGACCUACGAGUCCGUCGACGAGGGCGCCGCCAAUGUGACCAAGCUGGCCGGUGCGUUUGUGCCGUACUCCUGCCGACAGGCCCUGAUCACGUUCGCAUGCCUGGGCAGCUUCCUGGAGUGCUCUGUCGACACGACCACCUUCACGCCCAGCGUGGUGCUGCCCUGUCGCUCGGUCUGCGAGAGGGUGUUGACCGAGUGCUCGGCCUUUGCCAUCGAGAACGGCCUCGCGUCGCUACUGCCCGACUGCGACAAGACGGUGGAGCUGAAUGGGGUGGUCUACCCGGCAUUCCCGCCCGACGGCCUCGUCGACUGCAACGCCCCGCCUGCCGGCCUCGUUGUGGGCUACAGCCAAGCCGACUGUCCGUACCCGCUCAAGUACAACCAGGACGGGGAGGAGUACUACCAGAACAACGGGUACGAGGGUAUGGACAUCUGCGUCUACCCGUGCCCCGAUCCCAUGUUCUCCGACGGCGAGUGGGCCGGCGUGAUCGUCGUUGACAUCGUCCUCAACUUCCUCUCCUUCUGGCUCUCCUUCUUCCUCGUGGUGACGUUCCUGCUGAUGCCGCAAAAGCGACGCUUCCCCGCUCUUAUCUUCUUCUACUUCGGCUUGCUGUCGGCUAUCGUGGGCUUCGUGUGUCUCUUCUUCCCGGCCGUGCGCGGGGGUAUUGAGCCCCUGGUCUGUACCGAGGGCACCCCCAAGCGGCUGGUCACGAUGAGCAACGCCGGCGAGCACGACGGCGGCGGCGUCGUGUGCAUCAUCCAAGGCAUCAUCCUGUACUACUGCCCCAUGGCGGCCAUGUUCUGGUGGCUCUUCCUCGUGCUGACCGUGUUCGAGUUGAUCGUGCUGGAGCGGUCGACCAACUUCAUCAAGCGCUUCCACUUGUUCUAUCACAUCGUCGCCUGGGGCUUCCCGCUCAUCGGCGUCGUCAUCCUGCUUGCCUCCAAGAACAUCGGAGCGCUGACCGGCGUGCCCUCGUGCUUCAUGGCCACCGACCACGAGGCCUACGGCUGGGUCCUCUUCUACGGCCCUCUGGCGACAUGUUUGAUCAUCGGUUCGAUCCUGAUGACCCUGUCGGUCAUCAAGUUCGCCAGGAUUCGGUUCCGCUUCUCGGGCCACACGAAGGACAAGAUCGAACAGUUGGUGCGCAUGAUCCUGCUGGUGAUGGCCUACUUCCUGAUUCUGGCCUACCCACUCGCCUUCCGCAUCUACCAACGCGUCAUCCAAGAUGACCUCAUCGACGCGCUCGAGGAGCAGGUGACAUGCAGCGCCACAACCGCCACCGAGUGCGGGCUGACCUACCGACUCAACUACGGCUCGCUCCUGCUGGAGGUGAUGGACGUGAGCUGCUACGGCAUCAUCAUCUUCAUCACCAUGUGCUCCAGUGACAUGCUGAUCUGGUGGUACUACCUGCUGAAGGCGUGGGCCACGCAAUCGCCGCGGGACGCGCUCGAUAUCAGCAAGGACAUGAUCAUGGGCAGCGGCAAGUGGGGCGAGUCCAAGAACUCCACCAUGACCAAGAGCUCGAAGAAUACGAACUCGCACUCGCAGAGCUUCGAAGACGACGAGAACGACGGCAGCAUCAACAACGAAGACCUUUAG